AUGUUACUGUCCGGACUAAUCUGUUCCACGGCUCUUGGGCUGGCAGCGUCUGUAGCCGGUCAGAUCCAGGCCCCUGCAAUCGCAGGCGUCGCUCCUCCCAUCUCCAAUGCGGAUCGACUGUACACUGGUGACCAAUCUUCCAACACCAUCACUGUCAUUAAGCCGCUUACUGGAGAGGUUCUGGGUACAAUAGCCCUGGGCAAACAGCGAUUAACUGAUGUUCUCAACCCGCAGUAUAUCCAAGCGGUCAACACCCACGGUCUUGGCUUCUCCCGGGAUGGCAAAUAUAUUGUAUCUCUGAGUGUCACGAGCAACACCGUCACUGUUAUCCGCUGCGUUGAUAACAGCAUUGUUUCUCAGACAUUUGUUGAUAGAAAUGCGCACGAGGCCUUUUUUGCGUCCGACAACCGUACAGUUUGGGUUGGAACUAGAGGCGUCGACCGCAUCGAUAUUGUUGACGGCAUUAACGGAGGUAUAGUUGGAUAUGUGAACACUGCAGGCGGACCUAGCAAAGUCCUGUUUAGCCCAGAUGGCAAACUCGCAUACGCAAACCAUAUUAGAUCGCCAACAGUCUCCAUCAUUGACGUUGAGACGCGAACCGUGGUCCGCAGCAUUACUGGUCUCGCAGACAAAUUUUCAUCCGAUAUGAUGCUGUCCGCCGACGGCAAGCGACUAUGGGCUGCGCAUAAAAUGGUGGACAAGGUGUCUGUAAUCUCGCUCCAGUCGAACAGGGUCGUCUCUGUUCUUGAGACUGGCCCAGAAACCAACCAUCCUAAUUUUGCAGACAUCAAUGGCACGACCCAUGGCUUUGUUACCGUCGCCGCCGAGAACUUGACUAGGGUUUACACACAACCUGACCCAGAGCACGCACCAGUCUAUUUGACUUCGAUCAAGGCCAACGUUAUUGAGCCACAUGGGCUCUGGCCAAGUCCUGACAAUUCGUACAUGUAUGUACUCGGCGAGCACUCUGAUGCCGUGGACUUUGUUGAUUUGUCCACAAUGCGCGUCACCAAAACCGUGCACAUUGGCCAGGAGGGCCAAGCAUUGGUUUAUGUUGCCGGGGCGGUUCCUGAAGGGUCCGGUGAUGGAACGCAGAAUCUGGGUCGUCAGGGUCUGUCUCGACAGCGUCCGUUGAACAAACUGCUUGUCGGCGAGACCCAUUCGGAUAAUGUUACGGCCACCGCGUUGGUUACUGUGCGACGUCAGGCGGGACUUGACAUGUUUCAGGUUAUUGGCAGAGGAUUAAAACUAAACACCACAUACACUGUGUCGGCGUCUUGUCUGCAGUGUAAAGCAGUCCGAAUCCCACUGGUUGAAUUCUCAGCUAGCACCCCGUCCGGGCCCGGUUGCGGGACAGCUCCACAGGUUCUUGCAUUUUUCAAGUUUAUCGGUGUUUAUAGUAUGGAGUCGCUGAAGUUGGUCGAGGUCUAUUAA